AUGUCUCGCAACGCUCGAAAAGACCCCUGGCAGAAUCAAUCUGAGCUUGCCCUGCUUCGCGACGACUUCUAUCCAGACAAGGCAACAGCAGAUCCAUUCUCGAUACCCGGCACCGAUAGACGGCAAAAUGCGGUAGACACAGUCAGUAUUUAUACCUUCCGAAACCCAUUCACACCACACGCUGUGGUGGCUACAGCAAACCUUACGGAAGCGGUAUUGCAACACGAAUCAUGCAAGGAUUCGAUUUCGAACACUGCCAUCAGGAGUAUCUACGCAAUGGCGUUCGUCAAAUUUGUGAAUGGCUUCGUUGAUCGCGACAUUGCUACAAGCAACGCUUCCAGCAUGCUUCAGCACGAAGACGUGGGUGUGCCAGACACUCCAGCCGUCGAGGCGUCAGAUAGCGACGAAACGGCGUCUGCAACAAUCAAGGCUCGAGUCAAGGGCGGGGGCGAGAGCUCGAUGUAUGCCUUUGCCGCGAAGAUCGAUAUGCCUGAAGACUUCGUGGAUCUGCGGCACACGAUCGUGCACGGUGACAUCCCAUCACUUCCGACUCUACAAACCUACAACAAGAGGGCGCUUGCAUGGCUUUGGGUUAAGUGGUGGCAAAAGAAUGCACAAGGUGAUCCGGCACAGGCUCGAGAGAACGAAGAAGAGGAGCGGAUGAUGGCGGAAGAAGGGAGGAGGAAGUCGUUCGAGGCUUGGAAGGCUUAUUCGGCUGUACUAGAUGGCAUGAAGGAGCAGUCUGUGGGCGAUAUGCAUGAGACUCGACGGCAGUGGGAUGAUAUUAGGCUCAAGCAGGUAUUGAGCGGGCAGUGA